GUCGGACCGAGCUGACAGAGCCCGGGCGGUGGAGAGAGCAGCGGGGGAGACAGAGCGACCCGCGGCACCGACAGAGAGGAGACGACAUGGCGUGGGUUCGGAUUACCGUGCUGUGCUGCGCCGUGAUCGCAACACUGAUGACGUCACGAGCAUCAGCUGGCGGCCGGAACAAGAACUUUUUCCACGGGUACGGCGGGCCUCCUCAGCACUUUGUCAAGCACGCCUACACGCGGCACUACUACGGCCUGGGCCACGCCGUGUCCAACUACCCGCCGUUCUGGCUGUACGACAACGGUAAGAAAGGCGGCGGUAAGCGGCGCGGUCGCGGCGGCAAGAAGCGGGACCGCGGCGGUGUAAUCGUCGUGAAGCACGGCGGCUACGGCGGCUACGGUGGCGGCCACGGCGGCGGGUACGGCGGCGGCUACGACGACUACGACUACUACGACGACCUGUACUAAGUGACGUCACCAGUGCCGGUGCGCCAAAUGACGUCCUCGGCGCGUGGUGCCCUGUGUUUGGACUGAGAAGUGCCCGGCUUGGUCAGCUGUCCACGCCUUUGUCCAUGGGCAGCCGUCUGGCCCACUGAUGGGAGACUGAAAAACCAACUGAAACUGUCAGUUGUGCUCAGCGACACUGAUUUAAACUAGGCGCUUCUAGUCGGUAUACAGACAUAGCUCCGCAGACGUAUACAGGAUUUGUAAGGAAUGUUGUUUUAGGUCAUAUGUUUACUUCGUAAAAAGUACCUUUCGUACCUUUCACUUCUCUCUAGAGAAGUGCUGCAAAGUGUAAAUCUGCGUGUAACCACUGAAGCCUUUAUGUAUGACUGCAAUGUGUAUGUAAAUAUUUAGUGAAUGCUUUAUAUUGCCGGCUGCCGCUGAACACACCCUGUUUUGAGUGCAAGGCAGUGCUGGGCGAGGUGGUGCAACAUCAGGCGAUGAACAUUGCACAGUGAGGGGUUAUAGGUAAAUAUUUAUACGAACCUUAGCUAUAAACGACAACGUAUGUAUUAUGUAUUUGUACUAGUGGUGUCAAUCGGAACUUGAAUCUUCGGAAUUCCGAUUUUGUCCAAUGUCCAAUUUGGAAUUCGGUUGGACAAUGGCAGCAGGCUUUGGACAACUUUGGACAAUUGCUUGCUACACCUCAACAUUUUUCAAAAGUAGUCGUGUUUAACAUUGAUUGGCUAUUAGAAAGCUCAGCUUUCGAUAUGAUUAAGACUUUUGAGCUUGUAACGGUACAUGAAAAGCAAAUUAAGUAACAGUGUUGAGUGUAAACUAUUGCGUAGGUGUCGGACAUCUUUGGACAAAUGGCUGGCUUGGACAUUUUUGGACGGACGGUCGACGUAAGCAUUGGACAUUGGACCGUCUUUGGACAUACGUUUUCUGAAAUUGACACCACUAAUUUGUACAAACACAGUUAAUAAAUGUAUUUAAGAAAUAAACGACAAUGGA